UUGAAUUUAUUGUUUUAGCGAUAACUGUAAAAAAUUCGCAAAAAUUGUGUUUUUUUUUUCAUCCGUUAGACUCUACCUAGAAUUUAGUUUCCCAAUUCCUGUCCAGUACUCAGGUUCAGAAAUCAGUUCCAGAAUUCAGUCUUUUACCGCACUCAUCCGCCUUUUUUAUGGACAAAACAAGUGGUAAUUAUUUUAAUAAUUAUUCAGUAUUAACCUUUGUCAUUCUAGAGAAACGGUGAUGAAACCCAACAAUGCGAUCUUUCUUGUGACGGACGAAACGAUCCCAAAGAACUAUAUUUUCUUGCAUCGAAACCUGAAAAUAUUUGUGCUUGCGUCCGCCCCUUCUUUUUGGAUGAAAAUUUGUAGUGAGGUAAAUGUUUAAAAAGAGUCAUUCACGCAGUCAGCAUCGCAGUGUUGCAAUGAUUCGUGCUCUGUGCAGUUUUCCCUAUUCAUUUUUGUUUUUUUCUACCUUAACAGAUCGGCUGAAAAGUUCGUAUCGUUUCUAUGAGAGGGCGCCACUAGAAUUAAAUCCAUACCAUUUUCAGUUAGUACCAACCUUCAAAAGAUACGUGAUUUGACAGCUGUCUGAUUAUUAGUUUGUGAGAUAUUGCAUUUUGAGUGAAUCUACUUUUGUUAUUGUGAAAAAAAUGGAGAAAAAGGAAUUUCGUGUGUUGAUGAAACACUACUUUUUGAUGAAAAAAAGUGCCGCCGAUACCAAAAAAUGGCUUGAUGAGUGUUAUCCAGACUCUGCACCGGGCGAAGCAACAAUUCGUAAGUGGUUUGCAAAAUUUCGUACUGGUCAUAUGAGCACCGAAGACGAUGAACGCAGUGGACGUCCAAAAGAGGCUGUUACCGAUGAAAACGUGAAAAAAAUCCACAAAAUGAUUUUCAAUGACCGUGAAGUGAAGUUGAUCGAGAUAGCUGACACCCUAAAGAUAUCAAAGGAACGUGUUGGACAUAUUAUUCACGAAUAUUUGGAUAUGAGAAAGCUUUGUGCAAAAUGGGUGCCGCGUGAGCUCAUAAUCGAUCAAAAACAACCACGAAUUGAUGAUUCUGAGCAGUGUUUGGAGCUGUUAUAUCGAAAUAAAACCGAUUUUUUUCGUCGAUAUAUAACAAUGGACGAAACAUGGCUCCAUCACUUCACUCCGGAGUCUAAUCGACAGUCAGCUGAGUGGACUGCACGCGAUGAACCAAACCCAAAGCGUGGAAAGACUCAACAAUCGGCCGGUAAGGUUAUGGCGUCUGUAUUUUGGGAUUCGCAUGGUGUAAUUUUCAUCGACUACCUUGAAAAGGGAAAAACCAUCAACAGUGACUAUUAUAUAGCGUUAUUAGAGCGUUUGAGGGACGAAAUUUAAAAAAUACGGCCUCAUUUGAAGAAGAAAAAAGUUUUGUUUCAUCAAGACAAUGCACCGUGUCACAAGUCGAUGAAAACCAUGCUGAAAUUGAACGAAUUGGGCUUCGAAUUGCUCCCUCAUCCACCGUAUUCUCCAGAUUUGGCCCCAAGUGACUUUUUCCUGUUCUCAGACCUCAAGAGAAUGCUCGCUGAUAAAAAAUUUAGAAGCAAUGAAGAGGUAAUCGCUGAAACUGAGGCCUAUUUUGAGGCAAAGGACAAAUCGUACUACAAAAAUGGUACGAUCGCUAUAAUCGCUGUAUCGCCUCUGAUGGCAAUUAUGUUGAAUAAUAAAAACGAAUUUUGGCAAAAAAAUGUGUGUUUCUAUUAAACGAUACGAACUUUUCAGCCGAACUGUUACUGAGAAUUGCCAGACUAAAAAGCGUCUACAAGACGCCAGCGAGAAAACUAUUUGUGCACUGGUCGUACCAAAUAAAUGGAAAUUAUUUUCAUUCAUUCGAGAGGAAGACAUCCAGUAUCUAAGAACUUCAACGAUUACUUAGUUUCAAUGAACUUCAACACCGAGGAAAAAAAACUUAAUAAUUUCAUAAGUUGUGACUUAUGAACCAGCACAAUUUUGAUUUCAUUGAAGACUUAUGCAUUCAGUAAGCACACAUAUGAACUUCAUAAGCAUGACUUAUGAAAUUCAUAUCAAUGACAUAUGCAUUCCUCAAACACAACUUAUGAUAUUUAUAACAGUCUACUUUGUGAAAAUAUCAUAAUUAUUCCUUAUAAAAGCAGUCAAGUCAUAAAAAUGGAAAACGAAGACACCGUUGUUUUAAACGAGCACAUUUUGCUUCAAGACUUUGUGGAAAGCGCACCAUCUGAAGCGUGCAAAUUACUUUUUAAAAAUUCAAAAUUACAAUUGAGAGAGUUGAUCGACUGCAGAGAAAAAGAAAUAUAUUCGUUGGCUUCAAAAUAUUCCGUUCUUCCACAAAUCGUUUGGAAUUGGAUUGCGGACUGGAGGAAAAGAAAUCAAUUAGAAUAUAUUGCUUUUGUUGAGGAAAAUAACAUCCAGAAAUUGGAAUCUCCGGACUCGUCUCCUCACGACUUAAAUAUUUCGUUUGGAACUGUAGAGGUCAUUGAUUGUAUUGAUGCUGAUAUCGAGAAGAUAGAGCACAGAGUCGGAACCUCAAAAAAAAAGCUUACCCUUUUGUCACCAUCCCAUCUGCGCGUUCUUUUAGAACAAACCGACUAUGGCAAACAAAUAUUAAAACACGCUACAACGCAUAAGCUUUCCGAUGCUGGCCAAAAACUAGUUGUGAACACAGUUGCACAAUUUCAUUUAUCCUUAGGACGCAAAACAACAGCAGAAAUAAUUAAUGAUCUCAGCGACGUGAUUAUUUGUGUAUUUCCUAAAGAGUCAAAGGAAACCUAUUACUUGCCGAAAGCAGGACGAUCGAACCCAGGUGGGAAGCUGUUUAGCCGAAUCAAUUAUAUAAAGCAGUCCGAACGUCAAAGAGCCAAUAAAGAAGCUGCACAUAUUGCUUCCAUAAUUGAAGAUGAUUCAAAGUCUCUAGAGUUGACUACGGAAGAGGAAAGCGCAGUGCAGUGGCUCAACCAAAACAUUUCUCCUUGGUCAACCGUACUCACACUGUGGGAAAUUAGUUUCAGAGCGAGGAAGCAAUAUUUGAAGCAAUCUAAUCGCGUGCAGCAGCUGAUCAACGAAUACCCGCAAUUGCAAGAAGAGUUCGGAUAUCAAUUGUUGGACAUUGAUUAUCGAAACCUUGGUUUGGGUGAUCCAAGUGAAUGUUUUAAAAAGUGGGAUACUAUUUUCGAGCCAGUUGCACAGUAUGUGAAUAAGAAUGCAAAAGAUCCAUCGUCAAAGCGCUUGUUGCAAGGUUUAAGAGAUGCCAGUUAUUCUUCCGACAUACGUUUGCUUCAUCUUCUCCAUGCUUUGAGUACAGUGCUUAUUCCUGUUAAGGCAUCAAAGGGAUUCAAACCAACAAUAUCGGUUGCACAAUCGGAUACUUUCCUGUUGGCUAAUAGCAGAGAUUCAGGCCGAACAAAACUCCAUGAUACACUGCAAAUAUUGGAGAAUCUAAAGCUACCUGCUUCUCCAAAAUUGGUAGUAAUAGAUGAAUCUUUGUAAACCGUUA